ACCUAUCAAAUAUCUAACAAAACUUAGAAAGAAUAUUGUAUGAAGCUAUGAAUCACUGACAAUAAAAAAACGCAUAAUGUUAAAAACAUUGAGAUGCGGAAGAAGAAGCUACCGUGUAUUGCAAGACACGGUAGUACCCAGAAGAUUAUUUUUGUCUGAAGCGUACCGGUGUGACGAAGCAUGGCAAGCACGGCUUCAGGCCCCAUUACUGCAGAAAAUUCACCCCGAAAACUUUUUCUUGGAAUUAGAACAGAAGCAAAAUGUGCAAGGAAAAGUCAGCGCGGUUGAUGUUGACAUGUUCGCGAACGCGAUAAUCGAGAAAUAUCAAGUGAAGGAAUUGUUAUCCUUACUUCACAAUUUGCGGUGUAGCAGUGAAACAUCGAAUACAUUAGAGUCAACACAUCACGCUGUUAUAAAAUAUUUGUUGAAUAAUGAUUGUACGGAAGAACUUGUAUAUGUCUUACAUGAUAGACUUAAUUAUGGCAUUUUUCCGGACCAUCACUGUUACAAUGUACUUAUGGACAAAUAUAUAAAGGCAAAAGACUAUGCUAAUGCUGCAAAAAUUGCUGUUUUACCCAUGUUACAAGAAGACUUCGAUAAUCCAAUCACUAACACAUUAUGCUUAUACUCUUGUUACAAACAUUUGGAUAAACCCAAUGAUUGGCCAGAACCACCAGCCCCAGUGGAUGAUUCCAAAGAAGAAAUCAAGAUACGUGUAAAAUAUCUUAGGAAUCCUUUCUUCGAUGAUCAUUUUGAUAUUACAAAUCCACGUGAUUUAGUUGGAAAAACAUUGGCUUUUUAUGGUAAACAUAUGAAUAAUACAUUAGGAAGAACAUGUCAGUUAAGAGGUUUAAUGUUAUAUAGAAAGUAUGAUGAUAUAAGAAAUCUAAUGGAUCAAUGGUUGAACAAUGUAAAACACAAUGUUCUUUAUGAAGAAGUUUUAGAUUUAAUAAAGAAGGAUACUGAAAACUUUCCUGAAACCGAAAACAGCAGUCAGAUUGAGAACAUAAUGUCUAAUCUAAGCAACUUCAAAAGUGAAAAUUUCAGUACAGGUAAUGUAACUGAAGUAUUAGAAAAUGAAGUCAAGUCUGCAAUUGAUAAACAGGCUGAUACAGAUAUAGCUGAACAGUUAAAGAAAUACAUUGAGUGGGAGAAGCUCAGAGAGAAAGUACUAGAGAGCCAAAUACAAAAAAUAAAAGUGCAAGCUAGACUGGAAAAUAUACAGAAAAUAAAGAAAGAGAUACAACAGAAGGAAAUGAUUUUGACAUUCUUUGAUAAGGAAGAGGAAAUAGAAUUGAAAAUAUUGCAAUUACAAGCAGAAGAGAAGGCGGAAAUGGAUCGCGUUCUUGGAAUGUAUAAUGCAGAAACGAAACUCAAAAAAUUGGAAGAAGAAGAAGAAUAUGUACCACCAACAAUUGGAAAGGCGAGCAAUUGAAUGUCU